AUGACAUCGUACUUAAUCUUCUUGGUUUGCAUCAUCAGAUCUUCGGUGGUCGCUUCCGAUGCAAGCAGAAGCAUGAUAACCAUCAUUACCCUAUUGCUUAUCGCUUCUACAGUGAAGUCACUAACAGUAGAGGAGUACUUGGCCCGACCAGUGCCGGAAUAUGCCACAAAACUGACAGGACAAGCCUACGUUGACUACGUUAAUCAGCAUCAAUCAUUCUACAAGGCUGAAUAUUCCCCGCUGGUUGAACAGUAUGCCAAAGCUGUGAUGAGAUCUGAGUUUAUGACGAUGCCGAACCAAAAUUAUGUGGUGAAGGACGUAGAUCUAAACAUCAAUCUUCCAGAAACUUUCGACGCAAGGGAAAAAUGGCCAAACUGCACAUCAAUAAGGACAAUUCGCGAUCAGUCCAAUUGUGGAUCAUGUUGGGCAGUCUCAGCGGCGUCGGUAAUGUCAGAUCGUUUAUGCAUACAGUCGAACGGCACAAUACAGUCAUGGGCUUCUGAUACGGAUAUUCUAUCAUGUUGCUGGAAUUGUGGAAUGGGAUGCGAUGGAGGUAGACCGUUUGCGGCGUUCUUUUUCGCGAUAGACAAUGGUGUAUGCACUGGAGGACCUUUCAGAGAGCCAAACGUGUGCAAACCAUACGCUUUCUAUCCAUGCGGUCGCCACCAAAACCAGAAAUACUUCGGACCUUGUCCAAAAGAGCUUUGGCCCACUCCAAAAUGUCGGAAAAUGUGUCAACUAAAAUAUAAUGUGGCCUACAAAGACGAUAAAAUUUACGGGAAUGAUGCAUACAGUCUCCCUAACAAUGAGACACGAAUCAUGCAAGAAAUCUUCACAAAUGGACCUGUUGUGGGAAUAUUCAGCGUGUUUGCUGACUUCGCAAUUUAUAAGAAUGGAGUAUAUGUGAGUAAUGGAAUUCAGCCGAAUGGGGCUCAUGCAGUCAAAAUUAUUGGUUGGGGUGUGCAGGAUGGACUAAAAUAUUGGUUGAUUGCUAAUUCCUGGAACAAUGACUGGGGAGACGAAGGCUAUGUCCGGUUCCUUCGUGGAGAUAACCACUGUGGAAUUGAAUCAAGGGUGGUGACAGGAACUAUGAAAGUGUAA